CACGCCUUCCAGAUCCCAUCAGCGGUGCCUUUACGGACCGUGCCCACAAACACACUGUUAACUCACAAGGGUUCUAUGGCGUCUCCCCUUCUGUUUACACAUUUUCUUGUUUUUUUUCUGCUGUUUACAAUCCUGCCUGGAUCAUUUGCCACACGAGAUGACCUCUUGAUCAGCACAACACAUGGGCAAGUUCAAGGGAAAAUGCUUUCAGUUCUGGGUGGUGAACUUAGAGCAUUUCUUGGAAUUCCAUAUGGAAAACCUCCUCUUGGAAAACUGAGAUUCCGAGCUCCGCAGCCUGUAGAAAACUGGAAGUACGUGAAAGAUGCCACCAGCUUCUCAAAUACCUGCUACCAGGUGCCUGAUACAACUCUUCCAGGAUUCAGAGGUGUAGAAAUGUGGAACCCGAACACCCCUUUGAGUGAGGACUGCCUGUACCUAAAUGUUUGGUCACCAGUUUUCAACAAAACCUCACCAGCUGCUGCUGUUCUUGUUUGGAUUUUUGGUGGCGGCUUUUCCGUCGGAACAUCAUCCCUGGACAUUUACAAUGGCAGCAUCCUUAGUAAAUCUGAGGGUGUUGUUGUGGUGUCAAUGAAUUACAGAGUUGGAGCUUUUGGUUUCCUGUCGCUUCCAAACAACCACAACAUCCGGGGCAAUGCUGGCCUACUGGACCAGCGCUUGGCACUCACAUGGGUUGCCAAAAAUAUUGCAGCAUUUGGAGGUGAUCCUUCAAAGGUGACUUUAUUUGGGGAGAGUGCUGGAUCAGCUUCAGUGGGCUUCCACCUUCUUUCUCCAGGUAGCCAAAGCCUUUUUCAAAGGGCUGUGAUGCAGAGUGGCUCACCAAAUGCACCCUGGGGUACUAUGACCCAGAAUGAGGCCCUGGACAGAGCCAUGAUGCUGGGAAAAUUACUUGGAUGCUCUACCUCUCAUCCUGUUCAGAUGGAAGAUUGCCUGCAGCAAGCAGAUCCUCAAAGGAUCUCAGAGAAACAAUAUGAAGUUCUGACCAAGCCAACAGUCUUAGCUCUACCUUUUCUGCCGGUUGUUGACGGGGACUUCUUACCAGACCAAGUUGAAGUGCUGUUAAAUACCACUAACCUCCCCAAAAAGGAGCUGAUGCUUGGCUUAGUUAAAAAUGAAGGGACCUACUUCCUUGUCUAUGGAAUGCCUGGUUUCAAUAUGACUGGUGACAGUCUCAUCUCCAGAAAUGACUUCCUGGAAGGCAUACUGAUAGCGAUGAUCGAUGACAGUGAUAUUUCAAGAGAAACCACCAUUUUUCAGUACACUGACUGGAAUGAUGUUGAAAACAGGACCAAAAAUAGAAAUUUACUUGGUAAUCUGGUUGGGGACCAACUGUUCUUUUGUCCUGUUUUGGAAUUUGCUCAAAGGUACUCCCAACAUGGUGGUAAGACCUACAUGUAUUUAUUUGACCACCAGUCGUCCGUUAAUCCUUGGCCAGAGUGGAUGGGUGUGAUGCAUGGAUACGAGAUAGAAUUCAUCUUUGGAAUGCCCCUGAAGUCAUCUUUAGGAUACACCAAGAGUGAAAUCGCCAUGUCCAAGAAGUUUAUGAAACACUGGGCCAACUUUGCUCGCCACGGGAAACCAGAUAUUGAAGGAGUUGCCUGGCCAGCGUUUUCUGCCGAAAAUCAGGUGUACAUAACUCUGAAUUCUAACUAUCCAGAACAAAAAAGGAGGAUGAAAGCUAAAGAGUGUCAAUUCUGGAACAAAUUACUGCCUCAAAUACAGAAGAUGUCCUCAGACAUGCUGACCUGUUUGAAUGCAAGUGAGAAUACACACCACACCAAUUACUUGUUCCUUGUUAUUUUACUGGUUAUUAGUUUAAUCUCCUGAGGUCAACUGUUUAUGUAGAAAAGUGGUGGAAACUGGUAAACUGCUUACCACAGCGUUAGUUGUAGUUUCACAGAAUUCUCUACCUAUAAAUGUGAGAAUGUAACAGAUUGUAAAUGCAACUUGCAUGUUUGAAUGAAUUUUGUAUUUUUAAGUCCAAAAAAAAAAAAGAAAACAUUGUUAGCUGACAUCUAAUAUUCAGUAAUACAUAACUUUGAAUCUAUUUCUACAAGUAAAUAUGCUGAGUUACAGUGUAAACUCUGUAGCCAUUUUCCUCAUUUACCACAUUGACCUUGAUGUUCCUCCCUAAUAACGCACACUGGUGAAACGGAGGAGGCGUAUUCUAUACAACGCUAAAAAUACAGUGGAAUUACAAGGAUUGUAUUGCUUUCUACAUUGGUGAAAAUUAUAACAAAAUUAAUGCACCCACAUGGCAUGUGGAAUGAUUCCUGUUUGUCUUUUUCAGUGCAGAUGUAAAAAUCUGUUUGUCAAUUAUAUAAAAACAAAUUUUGAAUA